UGUCAUAUUCAUUCCAGUUAGUUCAAUGCAGUUACAAAGAAACCAAAAAACAGAAAGAACGCAGAAUAUUAUUUGUCAUAAGAUCAGUUUGAAAGAUAUUUAAAUUCAUUCAUCGUGUCUACUUACGAGAGUAUGGAUUUGCAACAUAUGGAGAAUGGUAUUGGAGCCAACAGUGGCGGACUCAGUGAAAUUGAUUUUCAACGUUUGGCGCAGACUAUUGCCACUAGCAUACAAAAAAUAUUGCAAAAUGUUUCAACUAUGCAACGUAUGGUCAAUCAAUUCAACACGCCUCAAGACUCACCGGACUUAAAAAAGCAAUUACAUCAGAUUAUGACGUAUACCCAUCAGUUGGUUUCGGACACUAACAAUCAAAUUAAGGAGGUGGACAAGUGUAAGGAACGUCAUUUGAAAAUACAAAGGGAUCGCUUGGUUGAUGAAUUUACUUCAGCAUUAACUGCUUUUCAGGCUCUGCAACGUAAAACUGUUGAUAUUGAAAAGAAUGCUAUACGACAAGCCCGUGCAAACAGUUACAAUAUAGCGAAACCACCUGGAAGCAACAAUAGAAGUAAUGGUUCAGGCAACAGCAACAAUGGAUCAUUUUUCGAAGACAAUUUUUUAAGUCGCAAGUCCAAUCAACAACAACAAACCCAAAUGCAGGAAGAAGUUGAUUUGCAAGCAUUGGAAGAGCAAGAACGUGCCAUCCGUGAAUUAGAAGAAAAUAUAGUUGGCGUGAAUGAAAUCUACAAGAAACUUGGUGCAAUGGUGUACGAACAGGGCUUAACAGUGGACUCCAUUGAAUCUUCGGUAGAACAAACCAGCGUAUUCGUAUCUCAAGGUGCAGACAACUUGCGUAAAGCGAGUUCAUAUAAGAAUAAGAUACGUAAGAAGAAAAUUAUUUUGUUUGGCGUCUUAAGUGCUGUAUUAUUAGUUGUAAUACUCAUUCUUGUGUUUGAGUUCAGAAAUUAAAUUUGUAAUAUUUAUUUUUCAACAUUCUUAACAUUUAACAUUUAAGAUGAAAAAAUUUCUAAAUGUUACGAAAGAGUUUUGAAAGCACUUCUCUGUUCAGGUGAUAUUUAAAGCAAGUACUAUACAUUUACUAAUAAAUUGAAAGACGAUAAGAAUAUUAAUUUAAAAUUGAUAAAAAUUUAAAACGUCCCAGCUGUGCGUAAUUCGAUUAAAAAAAAACUUUUUUAAAAAUUAAAUAUUAUUUUAUAUAUAAUUUAGCUUCAAUUUGCUAAGACCAAAAAUUUAUACUAUGCAUAUAUAUUAUAUAUUGUGGCGGUAGUUAUAAUUAUCAAAAUAUAUAAUUUAAAUUUUUUUCUUAUAUUUAUCUCAAUAUUCCAGUAUAUAUUAACCAUUUAGUGAAAUUUAUUAUUUAUAUAUAAUUUAAAUUGUUUAUAAUACAAAUUAUUAUUAAUUAUAUACAAAAUUAACAAUAUUGUGAUUUGUUUGUUUUUUCUGCAUAAUUAGCUUUUGUAUCUAUUUUAAUCUGUUUAAUUUGCUUAAUGUAAAAUCUUGGUGUCAUUUUCGGAAUUAGAAAUUUAACUUAAAGUUGAAAAAUUGUAGUGUAUUGGCUAGAAAUGCAGAAUUAUCAAUAUUUAAAAAAGUGAAUAAAAUAAAACUACUUUUAAAACUACGAAA